GAAUACGUUGCUACAUAACCAAAACACGACUUAGGCUGCGAUAGGGAUACACAAUAGAAGAUUGAGUCUCGCUCGCUCGCCCAGAAAACGCAGCAGCAAUUGUUUGUCGCCCGCCAUAAACUUGUUCGGAUUUUCCUUCUCCAGUUUUCAAUAAUCAUGUCAGAAGAAAUGAAAUCAUUUACGGAUUUGGGCUUAUCUGUUCAAUUGGUGGAAGCUUGUGAAAAAAUGCGUUGGUAUAGUCCACUUAAGAUUCAGACAGAAGUGAUUCCCCUUGCUCUACAAGGAAAAGAUGAUGUGAUCGGAAUUUCACCACCGCGUUCUGGUAAGGCCGGGGCUUUUGUUCUUCCUAUAUUGCAGGCCCUCUUAGAAGCCGGACCCAACCUAAACACGUCCUUUGCUUGUGUACUGUCUCCCUCAAGGGACCUUGUUUUUCGUAUUGCUGAGUAUUUUCAAGUUCUAGGUUCUCAAUUUGGUGUCAAGUGUGCUACCCUUGUUGAAGCGAACGACAUCAUAGAUCAAACCAACCAGAUUUUACAGCAACCUCAUCUUAUUGUUGGAACCCUUCGACAAGUCUUUUAUCACUUAAGACUAACCCAAGGAUUUUCUCUUGCUAGAUUAAAAUACCUGGUCAUACAUGAGGCAGAUCUGCUGUUGAAUGACCAGUUCGAGGAACAACAACUAAAUGAUAUUUUAUCAAUAAUUCCUAGUGAGCGGAGAACUUUUCUUUUUUCAUCUACAAUGACAGAGAAGGUCCAUAUGAUCCAAAGAUUGUCUUUAAGGAACCCUCUAAAGAUUGAUGUAUCUUCCAAAUAUUCUACUGUGGUCACACAGCUGCAGCAGAGUUGCUUUAUGCCAGCAAUGCUUAAGGAUUGCUACCUUGUAUACAUUCUCACUGAAAUGACUGGAAGAAAAUCAACGGUAUUCACUCAGACUUGUGGUUCAGCGUUUCUUCUGGCUUUAAUUCUUAAGAAUCUUGAUUUCAGAGCCAUCCCAAUUAUUAGUUAUAUGAGCCAGGCAAAGAAACUAGGAGCCCUGAAUGCGUUCAAGUCUGGAAAGUUCAAUAUUCUCCUUUGUAGUGAAGCAGCUAGGAGGGGACUAGAUAUUCCAGCGGUAGAUAUGGUGAUUAACUACAACAUACCUAGAGAUCCCAAUGAUUAUAUGCAUCGUGUGGGAUGGACUGGUCAUGUUAAUGCUGCCAUUUCUUUUGUGAACCCAUAUGAAGCGGGACAACUUGAAAUGAUAGAGAGACAUACAGGCAAGAAGCUACCGGUGUAUCCGGCACCAUGUGAGAAUGUUUUGCUUUGGAGAGGGACUGUUAGGGAGGCCGAAAGAUUAGCACGAAAGGAAAUCAAAGAAUCUGGUUGGAAGAGUGGAGGAUAUUUAGGAGACGAGGAGGUCAAAAAGAUCUCAAGUCUGCGUUGAAGGAAUCAUGUGAAGGUACAACCGUGAUAUUAACAAAUAAUAUAUUCGAUCCAGGUUCAAUAUAUUGCACAUUAUCUUAAUGUGGAAGGAACUUUCAUUAGUAGUUGGUCAUUACGAAGUUACAUAAAUAUGCUCCUCAGCUCAAACUUGUUUUUCUAAUUGUCAAUCAUUUCCUUUGAAAUGAAUUGGGCUUUCUAGUUGUAAAGUUGUCUCUUUGAGGAUGGUUUAUAACCAUCUACAACCUUACUCCUACAACUUUGUUUCUCUGUGAUGCGGUGUAGCAUUUCGUUUUACAUCACGUAGCUUCUUGAUCUCAAUGUUAAUGUAGAUUGUCUUAUUUAACCACCAGUAUUCAACUUGGACACUAAAACAUCAAAACAUUUUUUAACUAUCCUUUCAAAAGGCCUAAUUUAGGUCGGUGAUGACGGAGGAAACAUUACUU